ACAUCACACAAACCAUGUUGACACGAUCACUAAUAGGUAUAAGUCGUGUCGGUGUCUAUAGACGCCCAAUCACACCAGUGAUGGCACGGGUCUGGCCUAUGAUGCGUACCAUUCAAGCCAAACGUCUUGCCUCCAACUCCAUCGUCACCCUUCUCCAAUCACAAGAGCAAAUCGCCAACACAGAUUUAACUAAUACCAUGGCCCAGGCUGAAUUCUACAGACUGCUUCUCUCCAACAACUACCCCCACAUUGUCGUUCAAAGGUACGAGACCCCCGGUAUUGCUGCUAGUGCUGAAUGUACUCGUCUUUACAUUGAUGCCUUGAACAAGAUUGGGAAAAAGGGCAAGGCUGAACAAGUAUCUCGAGCAUUAAAUGAUCAGUUGGGUUCAUCUGGAGUCGUAGCUAAUAAUGCCACUGCUGGGGGCACUCCAUUACCCCAUGGGUUUGGAUCUAGAUAUGAACCAGUCCAUGUGAUUGUAAGUGAAUCACUCUUGACUAUAUUGAGUAGAUGGCUUAAAUGGUUAAUCCCAGUGGCAUUAAUAACUUAUGGUGCCACAAAUGCAUUUAAUUACCUUGUUGAAAACAAUACCAUGUUCAGAAACACCGAAGUUCCAGAUAAACUGGUGGAUGUGUCUCAAUCCACCGUGAGAUUCAAAGAUGUUCAAGGAUGUGACGAAGCCAGAGCUGAACUUGAAGAAAUUGUCGACUUUUUGAAGGAUCCUUCCAAGUUUACCGGAUUGGGUGGGAAAUUACCCAAGGGUGUUUUACUUACUGGUCCUCCAGGUACAGGUAAGACUUUACUUGCAAGAGCCACUGCUGGUGAAGCGGGAGUUCCCUUCUUUUUCAUGUCCGGGUCAGAAUUCGACGAGCUUUACGUUGGGGUAGGUGCCAAAAGAAUAAGAGAGCUUUUCACUCAAGCCCGUGAAAAGUCACCCGCAAUUAUAUUUAUUGAUGAACUUGAUGCCAUUGGAGGUAAGCGUAACCCCAAAGACCAGGCAUAUGCUAAACAAACAUUGAACCAGUUGCUUGUUGAAUUAGACGGGUUUUCCCAAACUGAAGGUAUCAUUAUCAUUGGAGCCACUAAUUUCCCAGAAUCUCUUGACAAAGCAUUGACCCGUCCCGGUAGAUUCGAUAAAGAAGUUGUAGUUGAGCUCCCAGAUGUCCGUGGUAGAAUUGCCAUUUUGAAGCACCACAUGGAAAACGUCGAGACUGCCGAUGAUGUUGAUCCCUCCAUCAUUGCUCGUGGUACACCUGGUCUCUCCGGGGCUGAAUUGAUGAAUUUAGUCAAUCAAGCCGCAGUCCAUGCCUCACAAUUGUCUGCUCCUGCCGUUGACAUGAACCAUUUCGAAUGGGCCAAGGAUAAGAUCCUUAUGGGUGCCGCCAAGAAAAAGAUGGUCAUCACCGAGGACUCCCGUAUUAAUACCGCCUACCAUGAAGCGGGCCAUGCCAUUAUGGCAAUGUACUCCCCAGGAGCUACUCCUUUAUAUAAAGCCACCAUUCUUCCUCGUGGUCGUGCUCUUGGUAUCACAUUCCAAUUACCGGAAAUGGAUAAGGUCGACAUGUCUAAACGUGAAUGUCUCGCCCGAUUAGAUGUCUGUAUGGGUGGUAAGAUUGCUGAAGAGAUGAUUAACGGUAAGGAAAAUGUCACUUCAGGAUGUGCCUCCGAUUUGGCCAAUGCUACUAAUGUUGCACGCGCUAUGGUUACCAGCUAUGGUAUGAGUGAGAAGAUUGGACCAGUGCAAUUGUCGGAAAACUGGGAAAGUUGGUCCCCUGAUAUUCGUAACAUGGCCGACACCGAAGUCAGAGAUUUCUUGAUCUCUAGUGAAAAUAGAGCUAGAGAUGUGUUGACUAAGAAGAAACUCGAGUUGAAGAGAUUGGCUGAGGGAUUGUUAGAGUAUGAGACCUUGACUAGGGAAGAAAUGGAGAAGAUUGUCAAAGGCGAGCCAAUCAACAAGGAGAAGACAAUGAGCAAUACUGUUAUUAAGAGCAAGGCAGAUAUAAAGGGAUUGAGCAUACCGAAUGCAGCCAGAGAUGCCUAGUGUAAUUUAAUUUUAUAAAGAUGCACACUGUUUAUAGCUUUGUAUGAUUAUACAUGAAAUACCAAAGUAACUCUGGCGAUUUACCCGCUGUGUGUAACCAUCCUUCUAGUGCAUGGCAAAUUCAUUAUAUUAGAGUUCGUGCAUCCUGGACUUGUAUGUUCAAUUCCACUUUAAGCUGAUUGCCUCGAUGACUCGAAAUUUCAUUUCAAAGAUGUGCAAUUGUUGGAACCAGUUUGGUAAGAAAAUCAAAACACAACUAUCGGAUUAUCUUAGUUAUUAAUACUUAUUCAAAACUGAUAAAGAGUUGAAACUUAUAUCACGCUAGUCACCGAAUCCAGUUGAUACAUCUAAAAAAAAAGGUAUUGAAUAGACAAUACAGCGUAAAAGAAAUUCAAUCUUGAUUUGGUGAUAGUAGUAGGUAGCAACUGAAUUACGGGAUGCAUAAUCCCGAAAAGAAUUUCAUUUUGCAACCAAAAACAAGUGCUCGUAACCAAAUAAAGCUCUAAAAAUCGAACCGGUUUCAUUCUAGAUUUAGAGGUGCCGAUAUUGUGAUUGAUAGGAUAUGAUUGGCUAAUUCCCACUUUUCAGAAUUCGUAAGUUGCUAAUUAAUAGCAAUCAAUAUGGUGAUGUGAUCGACAGAAGUAGUUAAAUGUCUAAACAUCAACAAAUACACUUUUGUCACUUUCAUUGGACUUAAGCAACCUUAAACAUUCGAUGGUUGGAAUGUUUAUGAUGUGGAGAAUUUGGAAGUGCUCAUUUUCAAGAGUACCUUUUGUCAAUAUGAUAAGGAAUCGUACAACGUGAAUAUGAAUGUGUUUUCAAAGAUUGCUAGCUUAUACUAUUCUAAUCCCUUUUUUCUUUCUAUUGUAGGAGUCGUGCUUGUCUUAAACUCCGUUCGAUUAUGUGUUUGACUUCGGAAUCACCACAUUUGGGGAGAAAUUGUCCCCCCACCCCCCUUACAAUAAUAGCAAUUUAUAAUUCCCCUGUAACAACGUCAAUUAACUUAAGCGAAUAGACGUCGUGUGGGCUUGUAUAACAAUGGGUGGGGUGGUUCGUUUCAUAUCGUGCAAGAUUUCGGUUAUACCUCGGUAAACCACUAAAUUCAUGUGAAUGCUGAAAAAACCGUUCAUCCGAUUAGUCCACAUAAUAGCAAUCUUUCGAUACUGCGUAGGAUCUUUAUUGCACCAUCAAUCCAUGGGGACUUCAAAUCGAACCAUCAUCUUUCAAGGAAACUGCAUCAUGUCGUCAAUUUGAAGUUUUGCAUGGAAAAGCAUGGUGUAAUCUUCUGCACAAAAAAUCCCCCAUUGAAUUUCCAAGCCCUUUCAGAUGACUCUAGAUGACUCAACUGCCUAAUCAUCCCCAAAUUCCCCAAAGUUCAACAUAUAAGAGCACCACUCAACAAACUCUCGAUGUUCACCAGUUGAACCUGUUAAUAUAUUAACUACACACGACAGAUACACGCAGUUCAGACGGUUAUGAAACUGGUGGGGGGUGCUGCUUAGCAAUGGUACCGACGUUAGCCGAAUAGCACU